AUGUCCGAUAGAGAGCAAAAACAAAGUGAUGAAGAGCUCAUCGAUAAAUUGGGCCAAGAGGAUCCUGAAUUAAUCCCUUGGCCCAAUUUCAAGUCGCGUAUUUCCAAUCCUACAGUCAACAGCGUGAGACUUGAAUGGUCUUUAUUAACAAAUGCACUGGUCUACAGUGUGGAGAAGUUCCAUAAGCGCCUUGGUUGGAUGAAGGUGAAUUGGACCACCAGCUCUCCCGCAGAUGUAUCCAAUCUGGAAGAAAACUUUGGAUAUCGACUGCGCAUAAAAGCACUGCGAGUUUCUGAGGAUGGGCGUCGCUACGUGCCCUUGGCUAUCUCGCCUGACAUAAUUGCUUGCACCACCGCAGCACUGCCUUCAACCAAUUGCUUGAACCGCGCCAUCAGAAAGGGCCAGCAGUUUCUGGUUAAGCGGAUGCUGCGCCGAAGACCGAGCCUUAUCGAGUACCCCGCUCCCAACGGAUUCCUGCCGCUGGCCAAUGCGAUUAUUCAGGGCGAGAUGUGUAUUAUCGAUGUGCUGCUCUCAGCCGGGUGCAGCGUUCAUCUAGGAAAUCCAGGAAGUGGCCGGACCCCGCUCCAUUUGGCUUUCUACUACGGUCACCUGCCGUCGGCGCGCAUUUUGCUGAACAAGAAGGCCCACCUGGAGGCGACGGACGGCAAUGGCAUGACUCCCGCCCACUGCGCCGUGGAUGCCAACCAGUUGGAGAUGGUGAAGUUCGCCCUCGAGUCGGGCGCCAAUGCGGAGGCGAGGGACAUCUGCGGCUGGACCCUUCUUAUGCGAGCUGUGGUCAUGAACGCUAGCCUGGAGCUCAUUAAAGUCCUCGUUACCCACGGCGCAGACCUGGCGGCUUUGGAUGGCGUUGGCAAAUCCUGCACCGACUUGGCGAAACUUUAUCGCCGGCAGGAGGCAGAGGAUUACUUUGACAAGGUGCAAAAGUUUAGGCUGGAAAAGUCUGGCGCAACCGCAGACGCGGUAAAAAGCCCAACUGCAACAACGAGCUACACAAAAGAAGUUCCUGGAACAGUAGUCGAAAGGAAAAGGAAAUAA